AUGGACAACCGUAACUUACCCGAAGACUUGCAAAAAGAAAUUAUAUAUGUAGAUGAAAGUUAUAUUCACUCAUCAUACAAAUUAAAAAAAUGUUGGCAAUCUAUUGAAACCGAAGGAGUUAUUCAAGAUAUUUCAAAAGGGAAAAGAUGGAUUCUCAUCAAUGCAGGAAGUGAAAAGGGGUUUGUACCGAACUCUCUUCUAAUUUUUAGUGGAAAUAACAAACAGGAAGACUAUCAUUCAGAAAUGAAUAGAACAAACUUUAGUAAGUGGGUAACCAAAAAGCUCAUUCCAAAUCUUGAAUAUCCUUCUAUUAUUGUAAUGGACAAUGCCCCAUAUCACUCGAUUGUGAAAAAUAAGGCUCCCACAACAUCCAGCACGAUUGCCGAAAUUAAAUUAUGGCUCGAAGAGAAUAAUAAUCAUUUUGAUCCGACCCUACGAAAACCCAUGCUUUAUGAUUUGGUGAAAAAAAAUAAACCAGAACCAGUUUAUGAAAUUGACGAGUUACUGAGCGAGCAUGGACAUACAGUAGUAAGGCUGCCACUCUAUCACUGCGACCUGAAUCCAAUUGAACUUAUAUGGUCUUUGGCAAAAAGAAAAGUGGCAGCACAAAAUGUUGGAUCCAGAGAUAUAAAACAAUUAACUGAAGAGGCCUUUGCUUCUAUAACUUCAGCAGAUUGGAAAUCAUGUUGUGACCAUGUCAAAAAAAUUGAAAUGGAGUACAUUGAAAGAGGCCCAACGCUGUAUCAAAAUAUAGAAAAAUUAAUUAUAAGAGUUGGUGAGGAUACCAGCAGCAGUAGCAGUGAGUCUGAACCAGAAUCAGAAGGUCUGCCUAGUACUUCUCGCCAAGAUUCUCCUGGGGCAAUAGAUGACAACAUGUCUGGUGUCGAAUAUUUAGAUUUUGAUAUGUUGGACGAC